AUGAACAGUAAUACAUAUUUUUUGGAGAGUAAGCUAUUUCAAUAUCUAAGGACCUAAAAUUAAGAUUAAAAAAAUCAAUUAGGCAUAAAUUACACCUAAAAAAUAGUGUGAUUUUUCAGUUUAAAAAUAUACAAAAACCCUGCCUGAUGAAAGAAAUACCACAAAUAAUUUAUCAAGAAGACUUGAUUCUAGUUAAGAAACUAAUAUGGUAUAGGCAAUACUAAAGAUUAGAUUCUGGAAUAAAGGCUGCAUUGGAUUGAUUAAUUAGUGGAGUCUUUCAAAUCUAAUUAAUCUUUUGAAGUUGGUAAAAUUCUAUAGAGUUUAUAAUAAAUGGCUGUAACAUUGAAAUCAGCUUCGAAAAAUGAAAUUGAAUUAAAUCAGAAAAAUAAGUUAUUAAAUAAAAGUACAUUGGAAAAUAUUACAUAAAAAUAAAUAAUUUAACAACUUAAAGAAUAAUAGGUAUUAUUUAUUAUCAUUAUUAAUAGAAUCAUUUUAAAUAAGAUAAUUUGGAUUAAUCUAAGAAAUUGUAUCUGACUUAAAUGGAUUAAUAGAAAUUAUAAAGAGAUUAUCUCUAUUAAAAAUAAUUAUGUGAAGAGUAUUAUAAGAAAGUACGAAGUCUUGAAAAGAGAAUAGAAAUGAUUUUAGAAAAGAAUUUAUCAACUCAUUAGGAUGAAUUAAGAAUGACAUUAUCAGAAUUAGUUAAGGAUAAUGAAUAAUUAAAAAGAAAUGUUAUAAAAAGAGAGAAAGAAAUUGAGAGAUUAAAAGAAUUAAAUUAAAAAUUAAUAUAAUAAAAUAAUAGAUUAUCAAAAAAGUUAGAUAAUUUAAAAACUAAACGAGUAGGAAGUAAACCAGAUAAUUUAAUAAUUGAAGAAAAUUAUUAAAGUAAUUAUGUAUUUGAUCCAAAUCAAUUACCUUAAAAUUUAGAAUUCAGAUUUAAUUAAUUGACUUCUGAAUAAAAUGAUUUUUUAGUAGAUUUAAUAGAGCAUGGAGCUGAUAUAUUUACUAAUUAAGUUAUUUAACUUGAUAAUUUGUAAUAAAGGAAAGAUUUAAUUAAUUUAAUAUCAAGUAUUAAUAUUUAAUUUAAUACUUAGAUUAAUUUAUAAGUUCAAGAGAAUUUAGUGAAAAGAUUAAUUAAAUCAUGAAUGAAUUCAUUACUUUAAUAAGUUAUAAAAAUAUUAAAGAUUUUUAAAUACAUAUAAGUAAAGGAUUCAAAACUAUAUUUUAAACUGAAACUGUUCAUUUAUGGAUUAUAGAUGGAAUGACAUGUAAAGCUUAUACACAUGAUUCAAAUGGAUGUUAAUUAGUUGCUAUGUUAACUGAAGGUGUUUUUUAAAAAAUUGUUUAUGAAGAUUUCGGAAUAUAAAGUCCAUCAAAAGAAGAAUUACUACUUUAUGUUACUGAAGGAUAAAAAGUUUAUGGUAAGAAUUUUUUAUUAUUACCAAUUAUGAUGAAUUCUAAAAAACCAUGUGGAUUGUUAGAAGUAAAAAUUAUUUGUAUAUGUAAUAGAUUUAAAAUAUUAAUGAUGAUAUGAUAAUAGAUAUGUAAUAUUAUGGAUUAUUAGUAAAUAUGUUGAGUAAGUCAGUAAUUACAAGUAUUUUAAAUUAUGAUGCUUUAUAUAAGGAAUUAAAAUAUUAAGAUCUUUUUUUCUCUUGUUUUAUGAAGCUAAGUCAAUCUUCAAAUUUUGAAGAUUUCGAAUAAAAGACUUAAGAUUCAGCUUAUUGUAUAUUCUAAAUAGCAUAAACAACAAUAAUACAUGUAGAAAAUGGUAGAUUUAAAAAGAGAACGAACUAUUAUGAUCUUAGAUCAGGAUGUGCAUAUUAAGUCUAUAAAUCUUAAAGGUCUUAGAUUUUCACUUCUAUAACCAAACAUCCAAAUUUUGAUGAAAAUAUUGAUAUCUCCUCAAUAUUACCUGUAUUUGCAGGUCCAAUAAUUUAAGAUAAUGAAGUAGUUGCUGUUUUGGAGUUUAUUUUAAAAAAAAAAAAACUUUAAGAUUAGCAUCCAUUUGGAUUAUAAAUUCAAAUAGGAUUUAAGGUAAAUUCAAUCGAUGAAGAUGCAUAGAAGUUUUAUGAUCUUGUAUGUAAAGCUUAUUGCAUAGCUUUUAAAAAAUGA